AUGUCAAAGCCAACGCGAGGUGCAGCUAUGAGCUGCAGCUCAAAAAGCCGGCCUGCUACAGCGUUACAGUUUAUCAAUAUUGUAAAGCCAGCCGACACCGCCGACGUUCAGAAAAAGAGCACAAUCCGUUCCCAUGCAGCUAAACAGGGCUGCCUUCGUAAACGGAAGAGUGGCCUGGAGAUCCGGCCAUAUCAGCCUCCGACAUUCCUAGCUCCAUCCAAAGGGACAAACACCAAGGAAAUCUGUAACUCAGGCCUCGACCACAAAGCUGAGGAGAUGACUAGAGACAAAAGAUCACAGACGUGGCCCUUUAAUCCGAGGCAUGUAAUGGUGUAUAAUCGAAUGAAUCCAUUUGAAAGCUAUCCGAGAAAAUUGAAUGAUAUUGAACACUUUCUCAUUGAUCACUAUGUAAUGUACGUGGUUGAUAACGCUUAUAAGAACUGGGAAAAUGGUCCUGAAUGCACCUUGAAAGAUUUUAUUUGGCAUAAGAAAAUGCAUUUUAUUCCAUGGGCCCUUUUAACUAAAGACCUUUUGGAAUCUAUACUUUUCAUUGCUUGCUAUAGUUUAUCCACCCUUUAUCCUGAGAUUAAUUUCUGGAAUAUAUUACGGCUCAAAUACAAGGGUAAGUGUAUCAAGGCGGUUAGAGAUGCAAUAUUGCGAGAACCGCCUAUCAGUGAUGAUAUAAUUGCCUUGGCUCUGGCGUUAGUCGCAGAAGCGUUCUUGUCUGGGGAUCCGGAGGGUUAUGUAUUACACGCCAAAGGAGUGAUCAAAAUGAAUGGUGAAUUGGAUCGGGGCCUAGGCCAAGGCCCAGGCGGAUGCUUGGGGUACUUCUUGCGUUGGAUGGUGUACAAUCCAAGGACUGAUGGGUAUGCACAUCAAGUAAUAUUCUCAAGUACCAAACAGCUACUAGGGAUACAAUGUACCUAG